GGACUUUGAAGUGUUGGAUGAGAAAAACUACACUAUGUGUCUGUGGGUCCUUCAUACUGCUAUGACUGGACAAAAGAGAUUGUGAAAAGAUGGAGAGAUGGAAUCAGGAGGACCGCCGGACCCUGGGUUGACUCAGACUGACGUGACCUCUGCGUCUGGGUGUUUAACCUGAUCUGAACCCCUUGAUGACCUGCUGUCACAGGGCAGACUUUCCAGGUUUGAUCACUUCUGCUAUGACUGAAAUCCAGCAGAAGUUGGAGGGAGUUCACUGAUAGAGUUGGGUACUGCUGGAUCACUAUGGAUUUCUACAAAUGUUUGAGCUUACUUUUCUUCACUCUUCCUCCACAAGUGUGUUUCCAACUUGGACCCCGUGCCCACGCUGAAGAGAGGCUGCUCCAGAAUCUGUUUGCAAAUUACAAUAAGCUCUCCCGACCUGUGAGGAACACUACAGAUACAGUACUAGUCCACUUUGGACUAUCUAUCGCUCAGCUAAUUGAUGUGGAUGAGAAGAACCAGAUGAUGACUACAAAUGUCUGGGUUAAGCAAGUAAGAAAAGAUGAUAGAGAAAAGGCAUGUGAAAUACAGUCCAGUAUAACGCUGCGAUGCAUAAAUAUGAUUAAUGUUUUGCAACAGGAAUGGAACGAUUACAAACUCCGCUGGAACCCAGAGGAUUAUGAAAAUGUCACCUCCAUACGUAUCCCCUCAGAGAUUAUCUGGAGACCCGACAUUGUCCUCUACAACAAUGCCGACGGUGACUUUGCAGUUACUCACUUCACAAAGGCGCAUCUGUUCUACGAUGGCCAGAUAAAGUGGAUGCCACCAGCCAUUUAUAAGUCUUCAUGCAGCAUAGAUGUCACGUUUUUCCCUUUUGACCAGCAAAGCUGCAAGAUGAAGUUCGGCUCUUGGACCUAUGACCGUGCCAAGAUCGAUCUGAUCAGCAUGGCCGGUGAUGUGGACCAGAUGGACUACUGGGAGAGUGGGGAGUGGGUGAUUGUCAAUGCAGUGGGCAAGUACAAUACAAAAAAGUAUGAGUGCUGCACAGAGAUCUAUGCAGACAUCACUUACUACUUCAUCAUUCGGAGGCUUCCAUUGUUCUACACUAUAAACCUUAUUAUCCCCUGUCUGCUUAUCUCCUGCUUGACUGUGCUGGUGUUCUAUUUGCCUUCCCAGUGUGGCGAGAAGAUUACCUUGUGCAUUUCAGUGCUACUGUCCUUAACAGUGUUCCUCCUGCUGAUAACAGAGAUAAUACCAUCUACAUCUCUGGUCAUACCACUGAUUGGUGAAUACCUGCUGUUCACUAUGGUCUUUGUCACGCUCUCCAUCAUAAUUACCGUCUUUGUGUUGAAUGUACACCACCGAUCCCCACAAACACAUGGCAUGCCUCACUGGGUCCGCAGAGUAUUCCUGGACUUGGUACCUCAGGUCCUCUUCAUGAAGCGUCCGCCAGGCACCGCAAAGCAGCACUGCAAGAAGCUUAUUGAGAUGAUGCACCGUCCAACAACGAUAUCUGCCACAGGCAACUCUCAGGCCUUCUGGACAGGCCUAGAGACUGGGCUAAUACAAAUGGCCCAGGCUGAAAAUAUAAUCCCAAGGACACAGUCUGACAGCCCAAGCAUCCUCGUCUGCUCACCAUCUCCACCCUCUUCCCCUCUUGGGAAGCACAAUGAAGAAGAUCACCCACUGAAGGCCGACAUUUUCAGCCAAUCCACAUCUGGUCAGUAUUCAGUUCUCUCAGAGAAGCAACCCCUACGCAGACACAACUCAGCGGCCUCGUCUUCUUCCCAAUUGUCAUUGCCCCCAACUUUGCCACUGGGUCCACUUCGCAACCUGUCGAGGGAAGAACCAAGUAGACUGGCCCCAAAUGGUCGCUCCCACAGCGUAGAGCAAAUGUGUGACCAACAGAAGUCGCUUCCUCAGAAAGCCAGACAUCUGUGUCGCUCCAGCAGUGUCCAGUACUGCUGUCUGCAUGAUGAUGGGGUCUCUGGAAUAAUGGGGCAGUUGAAAAAAACUCCUCCUACAGAUCAGCUAGCAGAAACCCUAACAGCAGAGUCCACAAAAGAUGCAAGUACCCAACAGGAUGCUGUGAUUCCAACUAUUUCUCCAGCUAUGAAACGGGCUAUAGAGGGAGUGCAGUACAUCGCUGAUCAUCUCAGGGCAGAAGAUGCAGACUUUUCAGUCAAGGAGGACUGGAAGUAUGUGGCCAUGGUCAUUGACAGGAUAUUCCUCUGGAUGUUUGUGCUGGUGUGUAUACUGGGAUCUGUGGGACUCUUUCUUCCUCCUUGGCUUGCUGGAAUGAUCUAGAAUCUCUGCAUCAAGGGAAAGAGAACACGGACAGACAGAAGGACGUGUUCCCCCAUUCUCUUAACAAAAAAAAGGUCUUUUUAUUUUCUGUUUUUCAAAAGGACUACUUGUCACAUUUCUCGCUCUUAGGCCGGGUCAUCGGAAGGUUACUCGCUAAAAGACAAGAUGAAAUAUCAAUCAUCGAUUUCAGUGGGCAUAUAAAUUCUUUAUGAGGGCAAAAGGCCAACAGCAAAAAUAUCCUUCCAUGUCACUCCGUUCUGACAUUGAGCUGUAUGGCUCAAUCAGAUACUCUUGUAAAAAACGGUGAAAAAUUGACUCUAACCCAUGAAGAACUAUGGAUGAUGCCACAGACAGACAAAGACUGUAGGCACCGGGAGCUGUUCAUAAGACUGUGUAAAGUUGAAUAUAUAGCUAACUUUUAACAUUCCUUCAGUAAUGUCAGUGUUGCAGUAUGUGGACUGUGGAACAGAUCAAUGUACAGUGCUUUCGCCAAAUACAAAAAAAUACAUAUGUUCAUAAAACGAUUGUUUCUUUGAAACCUAAUUGCCAGAAUUCUUGGCUGGGUGCAUUCAGGUGUCCUGCUUUGUGCAAGAGUCACUCCACAGGUAAGCAAACAUGCAGCUUUGCAACUUUCUAACUCUAGCACAUCUAUUCAGCCAUUCUCUUUGCUUUUACUGCAGAUCGUUGUCAUUCUUUCCAUCUCUUUUGCUUCUUUUGGUUUAUCAAGUAGAGCAGAAACCGAUAUGGAUGAUGACAAUAAAUGUGGCGAUGCUGGUAAUAUUAUUAUUCUACCUUGGCGUUGAAGAUUUUGAGAUGAAUUUGUUACUCAUUAGUUCCAACAUUUAAUUCCAGCGUCCUCUCCGCUUUCAUUAUGACCUGACUUCUGUCGCUUCCCAUAAUGGAUCUUUUCAGUAUCUACAACAGCUAUAUAAAAAAAGAUAAUUAAAAUUUAUUAAUGAGUACACCACUAUUCUGUGAAAAACUAUUUCAUGCACAGAGCAAAGGUUAAUUGUACUGCAGUGUUUUAAAAUAAGUUGGCAGAGGAGGGUUUCACACUUAACUACAUUUAGUUUUAUUCAUUCGCUGCUUCCACAGGAGGACCUGCUUUUUGGAUGUUUUUUUUAAAAUACGUUACAGAAAUUAAUCUCACGUGUCCCUCUGUCCUCAAAGAAUAGCUAAAGCAGAUACUAUAUUUAGGAGCACUUAUAAAAUUUGCAAGAAGUAAAGCAAUCAUUAAAUAAUUAUGGGCCUUAACAGAACUGUACAGCUGACCGGACAGAUUUUUUUUGCAUUAAAUAAUUAUUUCAUUGUUUAUUUUAGUUCAAAAGCACAUCACUGUACAUUUUGCACAUACAUUUCUAGUUUAGAUGCUUCACUUCAGUUUCAGUUCAAGUCCAUGUAGUUCUUUAACACCCUCACACUCUUUGUUGGGUGUAUUUUUUUAUUUCUUUGCCUUUGUGCCAAAUUCACCCUCACCUUUGUCGUGCGUGUGGGUUGUGAGAUGUUUUUGAAAGCCUUGUUUGAUUUCUUUAUGUCACAUAAAGAGCUAUAGGCACAUGUCUACUUAUAUUAAUUUCAUGUAAAAUAAAACAAAGCUAAAUGGAAAGCAUCUAGAUUAGGUAUGUGAAUCUAUGAAAAGGCUUUUUUAAUAUUUCUAUUUUAGAAAUUUGAACUGUUGGCCUAAAUAACUUAAAGAAGUGGAAAUGAAACAAAAACAAAACAAAACUGAUGAAACAUGAGGAACAGAACAAACGUGUAUCACUGAAUUGUGUGUGAAAAGAAAAAGUAUUCAAUUACUCCACUUUAAUCCUGUGUUCGUACAUCAGCACUCUGCAGCUCCACGUGAAUAAAACUCCACAUCUGAUUAGCUUUAAAAGCAUGUAAUGUUACACCUGAAUACCCAAAGUAAUGACCUCAAUUUUGACCUCAACAAACAAACUAUUGCAUUUCCACUUGCUCAGCAGACGACUAACCACUGAUCAUUAUGUAAAUUCACAGACAAGAGAAAACAGCAAUUUAGCACAAUAUGGAAACACUGCACUUUGAACAAGGUGAAAUAGCUGCCGUGCUCCCUGUUUAUUCGUACGUUUCAGCACAAACUCUGGAGAAAAAAAGGUGGCGAUAGCCUGAAAUACAAAUGAGUGCUCUGGCUUUGUUGCAACAUCAAAAAUGUAGCAUAUGACAAACAUGAGUUUAAAUCUUUUGUCUGCAUUCAAAGAUUUAUAUAUGAACGGAUAUUAAUUUCCAUUUAUCCCACCAGUUUUCCAAGGAUACACAAUACCACAGCAUAUUGUUAUUAUAAUUCUAAAAUGAAAUGAGCGUGGUCUUUAUGAAACCACAAACUAAUUUUCAUUAAAUGAUAAGCCAUGCCUUUUCAGCACAGAUCUCAUGCAUAAUUUCAGCAUUAAAUACUUGUAGAAAAGCAAAUGGCAAAACUCCAUAAAGGCCCUUUGUGUUGGCUUCCUCAAGGAAGCAAUGCCAAAUGCCAUGUAAGUACACAGUGUUAAUAAUUACAGCUAAAUGUCAUGCUAUUGAAUUUACCUUUAUGAAAAAUUGACCUUCAGUGCUAAUUUCAAUUAAGUGAUUGUCUUCUGAGAUACAUAUGCCCCUGCUCGGAUAAUUAAUGUAGACAUUUUGAUUUCAAAAUGUUGGUUAUUUCCUGCAAAGAAGAUGAACUUAAUGAUAGCUGCUUCCUUACUAAUACUAACCUAUAUAUAAUGGGUAUGGCAUGGUGUGGGGACUGUCCUUAAAAAGUCUGUGAAAAUUGGAUAAGCAAAGGAAAAGAGAAGAACUGUGAGGCCUAAAAGCUAUCGAUGAAAGUCCUAGGUAAAAUCCAGCAAAGACUAGACACAGGAACCGAGAGAUGCAUCUGGACGGUUGACUGUACGCUGAAGCCUCAGCAGAAAUGGUCUCAGCGGAAGAGUGGCUGUCAAGAAGCCAUUCUUAAGCAAGGGAAACAGGGAGAAAAGGCUGAGCUAUGCCACAUUGCACAAGAACUGAACUGAAAAUCAAUGACAGCGCAAGGGAAUCUAGUGGGGUAAAUCCAAAAUAGAAUUUUUCUGCUUCAAAUUGCUGUCAAUAUGCAGGAUGUUAGGAGAGACGCACAACAGUGAGUAUCUACAGACAUUUGCAUUGUAUGGUGGACGCUCUGUCAUGGUCAGGGGCUGCAUUUCAGCCAGUGGAGUUGGAUUUUGUCAAAAUUGAAUUGGAAUUUAGAAUGAAGAAAACAUGCAAAAAUCAUGGAAAUCAUCUGAUUGGUUUCAUUUUUCAGCAUUACAAUCAUCCCAAACACACUAGUUGUGUAUUAAAAGCAUGCCUGGACUGAAAAAAAUACAGUGGAAUAAUAUCAGCAACAGAUUUGGCCUCCCCAGAGAUCACACCUUGACAUUACUAAAGUAGUGUGGGAUCAUCUACACAGAGACAUCCAAAGAAAAGCCUUGAAUGUCCUUCAAGAUACCUGGAGGGCAUUCAAGGCUCUUUUCCAGAAGACCGCGAAAAGACAUUACAAAAAGUUUACCUAAGAAUUCAGACUGUGUCGGACAGUAAAGGUGGUCAUACCAAAUAUUGUCCUUCAAGCUUAUUAAAAUUGUACAAACUCUGUUUUUGCCUUGUAUAUUGUAUUUCCAUUUGUGUUUGCAUGUUUUAGUAUUUUGCUGUGUCCCAUUUUUUCUAGCAAAUAUAUGUAAAAAUUAAUAAUGUCAGUCAGCUUUGCUUUUACCAGGAAAUAUAUUUUCUGAUCUGAAACCAAAAUUGAACUCUCUGAGCAGAACUCCAGAAGUUUUAUGUCUGGUAAACAGCAGGCUCCUUCAAUCACCUCAUUCAGCCCCACAGUGAAAUACUAUCCCUGUAGUGAACACAAAGGUGCUUCUCAGUGACAGGGACAAAGAGACGGGUCAGGACUGAAGGUGGUGUGAAUGCAUUAAAAUCCAGAACAGUCCUAGAAGAACAGAGUCUCCAGAGUCCAGCAACCUGAAACUGGGAUGAAAGUUCACCUUUCAACAUGACACUGAAAUGAAGUCCAAGUGUGGUUUCAGCACAAUGCUGCCACUUGAGUGGCCCAACCAAAGACCAGACUUAACGUCAG